AUGCCAAGUCAAUUAAACAGCGCGGUGCGCGUACACCGCCAGACGCGUCUAACCAACACAUGCAUCUUCCUACUGGGUCAAUUAGCAACACUUCUGGAUAAGUACACCGCGAUUUCCCUCUCUUCCAUACAUCUCACAAUCUCAACCCAAGUUAUGACAAAGGAGACCACACCGCCGCCUCAACAGUCCAAAGCUCCUACCCACGAACCUCCCUCUCUCCCCGCCUCUCCCCUCGCCAAACGAACAAAACCCGACUCAAAUAACACAGCCAACAGCAACAAGAUGACCACCGGCACAGCACCCGCCGUCACCUCCAUCUCUCAGCCCCUCCCUCCCCUGCUCGUCAAGAAGCUCACCGAGUCCGCCCAAGCACCUACCCGCGGGUCCGCCUUCGCUGCAGGCUACGACCUCUACAGCGCAAAGGAGACCGUCAUCCCGGCCAAGGGUAAAGCCCUGGUUGACACUGGGCUUGCGAUUGCUGUGCCGGAAGGGACAUACGGCCGCGUUGCCCCCCGGAGUGGUCUUGCCUCGAAGCACUUCAUUGAUACCGGGGCGGGCGUCAUUGACGCUGAUUACCGGGGUGAAGUGAAGGUUCUGUUGUUUAAUUUCUCGGAUGUCGAUUUUACAGUUAAGGUGGGGGAUCGGAUUGCGCAGCUUGUGCUUGAACGGAUCUAUACGCCCGACGUGAUGGUUGUGGAGGAGUUGGAGGAGAGUGUCCGUGGAGCGGGCGGAUUUGGAAGCACGGGUGUUUAA